CAGCCAGCAGCCCAGCACUCGACCUUCCUCCAUGGCCAUUAAGCCCAUACCAACCACCGCCCCCGCCGCCGCCGUCCUCCAUGGAGACCACCAAGUCGCCGCGGCCGCUAUACUCGCCGCCGCGGGAGCCCUCCGCGGCGACGGUGCUGCUGUGCCCGUGCCUGGCACUCCUCCUCCUCGCCCUAAUCGUCGCAUCCAUCGCACUCACCGUCCACUUCUGCCUUUACGGCCACACACCUCUCGCCCACCUCAUCUCCCCCUACCGCUGCCCCCACCGCAUCUGAACUCCGCCAGCGCCUGCGCGGGCCCGCUCCUCGGCCGCGCGCUGCUUCCUCUGCUGCCGGCGAGAUCCCGCUCCCUCCCUGCCUCGCCGCUGGCAUGCGGGGCGGCGGACGCGCUCUUGCAAUUCCAGGUGGAGAGGUGCAUCUCCACUUCGUCUGUCUCCGACGAAGACGAGGGAGACGAGGGGGGAUCACCGGAGCAGGAGGCGCCGUCGUCGUCGAGCCACCCGGAGCACGUGGGCCGCGUGUGCGCGGCCAUCGCGGACGUCGUCGCCGCCGGCGCUGACGCGAACCUGGAAGCGGCGCUGUCCGCGCUCUCGCCGCCACUCUCCGAGCCGCUCGUGCUCGCGGUGCUCGGCCGCUUCAAGCACGCGCACAGACCUUCCUAUCGCUUCUUCCGGUGGGCCGCCGCGUCUGGCGGGUUCGAGCACACCACCAUUACCUACUGCAAGAUGGUCCACAUCCUUGGCAAGGAGAGGCAGUUCGAGUCCAUGGUUGCGCUGGUCCAAGAAAUGGGGAAGACGGGAGCCCUGUCCAUGGACGCCUUCAAGAUCGCUAUCAAAUCGUUCGCGGCGGCUGGCGAGAUCAAGAAUGCAGUCGGCGUGUUCGAGAUGAUGCGGAAGCAUAGUUUUGAUGAUGGGGUGGAGUCAUUCAAUUGCUUGCUAGUCGCUUUGGCUCAAGAGGGAUUGGGGAGGGAGGCCAGGCAGGUGUUUGAUAAAAUGCAUGACCGGUACACCCCGGACCUGCGCUCUUACACAGCGCUGAUGUUGGCGUGGUGCAAUGCGAGGAAUCUGGUCGAGGCUGGGCAGGUUUGGAAUGAGAUGCUGGAGAAGGGGAUGAAGCCUGAUGUUGUCGUGCACAACACGAUGAUUGAGGGGUUGCUGCGUGGGCAGAGGCGACCUGAGGCUGUGAAGAUGUUUGAGCUGAUGAAGGCGAAGGGACCUCUGCCGAAUGGAUGGACUUAUACAAUGUUGAUUCGAGACCAUUGUAAGCGUGGGAAGAUGGACAUGUCAAUGCAGUGCUUUGAGGAGAUGCAGGAGGCUGGGUUGCAACCAGACGUUGCUACCUAUACAUGCUUGCUUGUGGGAUAUGGGAAUGCAAAGCGGAUGGACAGAGUGACUGCAGUGUUGGAGGAGAUGACACAGAAGGGGUGCCCCCCUGAUGGCCGGACUUACAAUGCACUGAUUAAGCUGCUAACAAAUAGGAAUAUGCCAGACGAUGCCGCAAGGAUAUACAAGAAGAUGAUCAAGAAAGGGCUUGAGCCCACGAUCCAUACUUACAACAUGAUGAUGAAGUCAUAUUUCCUUGGUGGGAGGAACUAUGCUAUGGGUUGUGCGGUGUGGGAGGAGAUGCACCGUAAUGGGAUUUGUCCUGAUGUGAACUCUUACACAGUGUUCAUUAAUGGGCAUAUACGACAUGGCAGGCCAGAGGAGGCAUGUAAAUAUAUCGAGGAGAUGAUCAACAAAGGGAUGAAGGCUCCGCAGAUAGACUAUAAUAAGUUUGCUGCAGAUUUCUCCAAGGCUGGGAAGCCUGACAUACUGUAUGAGUUGGCUCAGAAGGUGAAAUUUGCAGGGAAAUUUGAUGUGUCUAAUGUGUUCCAUCAGUGGGCAGAGAGAAUGAAAUGUCGGGUCAAGAGAACUGUCCCUAACCAAACUGGUAACAGAAUGUUCUAAGAUUACUAUGUUGCCAGAAGGAAUGCGGCAUACUUGUCAUGGUGCUUGAAAUCUGAAGAUUUAGGAGAGCUGCUACUUUGUUUUCUACUGUUGUAUAGUACUGUGCCAUUGAAGAGUACGCCCCUUUAUAUUCAAUGGACCAAGAAUAUUGAGUCAAGUACGCUGUAGUUGUUUUAAUUUCAGCUUCAUCGACGAGUACCUCUUCAACUAGUUUAGAUGCUUCUGUUUAUAUAAUGCUGAUUUGUAGGCUCAGAGAUUGGAGCUAGCUAGAAAGGGCUACCACUCUCUGAUUCCAGCAAGCAUAUCAUACCUAUAUUCUCUUUGAUGAUAAAAUAAAGAAUUGAACAGCCACUAGGCUUAUGCUGAA